AAGAUGGCAGGAGGAGGAUUUGUUGCUCCCGGAGGUAGGAACUAUGGAGGCAAUAUCACUGUCUUCGUGGUCGUCACUUGUGUGGUUGCUGCCAUGGGAGGUCUCAUCUUUGGUUAUGAUAUUGGAAUAUCAGGUUAUUUUUUCUCUUCAGAAAAUCUUCUCUUGUUUGCCUUGGAGGCAUUAAAAUUUCAACACUACAUUUCCUUUUUUUUUUUGUCCAUGAUUAUUAUUUUUAUUCUUGCAGGAGGUGUGACCUCAAUGAAGCCGUUCUUGGCCAAGUUCUUUCCAUCUGUACUGAGGAAAAUGAAGAGCGAUGAGGGCGAAGAAAACGCCUACUGCAAGUUCAACAGCCACCUUCUGACGCUCUUUACCUCAUCCUUGUAUCUGGCUGCUCUUGUAGCCUCCUUUUUUGCUUCGACAAUUACCAGGAUGUUUGGCCGGAAGCCUACCAUGUUCUUCGGAGGCUUGGUGUUUUUGGCCGGAUCCAUCCUCAACGGUGUGGCUGAAAGCGUUCUAGUCCUCAUCAUUGGUCGUUUGUUGCUUGGUGUGGGUGUUGGUUUCGCCAAUCAGUCCGUACCAGUAUACCUAUCAGAAAUGGCACCAGCAAAGGUUAGGGGUGCACUCAACAUGGGAUUCCAGAUGGCCAUCACCAUCGGCAUUCUAAUGGCAAAUCUCGUCAACUAUGGCACUUCCAAGAUUAAGGGGGGCUAUGGCUGGAGAGUAUCUCUAGCUCUUGCCGGUGUCCCUGCAAUUAUGAUGACAGUUGGCGCAAUCUUCCUACCUGACACUCCCAACUCCAUCCUUGAGAGAGGCAAUCCUGAGAAGGCCAGAAAGAUGCUUGAGAAGAUUCGUGGCACUGAAAAUGUCAACGAGGAGUACCAGGACCUUCUGGAAGCAAGUGAGGCUGCCAAGAAGGUGGAACAUCCAUGGAGGAAUAUCCUCCAACCCAGGUACCGACCUCAGCUCGUGAUUUGCUCCCUCAUACCCUUCUUCCAGCAGCUCACUGGAAUCAACGUGAUCAUGUUCUAUGCUCCUGUUCUAUUCUUGACUUUGGGAUUUGGGGAUGAAGCUUCUCUCAUGUCUGCCGUCAUCACUGGUGUUGUCAAUGUUGUCGCCACCUUGGUUUCCAUCUUUACUGUCGACAAGUUCGGGAGAAGAAUUUUGUUCCUGGAAGGUGGUAUCCAAAUGAUUUUCUGUCAGAUUGCUGUGGGAGUGAUGCUGGGCCUGAGAUUUGGUGUCAAUGGAGUAGGAUCAAUAUCAGGCACAGAAGCCAACGUUGUGUUGUUUUUGAUCUGCGCCUAUGUAGCUGCAUUUGCAUGGUCGUGGGGGCCAUUGGGUUGGUUGGUUCCAAGUGAGAUCUGCCCACUGGAGAUUCGAUCAGCAGGGCAAGCCAUCAAUGUUUCAGUCAACAUGUUCUUCACCUUUGUCAUUGCGCAGGGCUUCCUUAGCAUGCUUUGCCACAUGAAAUUUGGCCUCUUCUUCUUCUUUGCCGCAUUUGUUAUGAUAAUGACCACCUUUGUGGCCCUCUUCCUGCCUGAAACGAAAAAUGUUCCAAUUGAAGAGAUUAACAGAGUUUGGAAAGCUCACUGGUUCUGGGGAAAGUACAUACCUGAUGAUGCAGUUAUUGGUGGUGGAAUUGAUGAGUCAACAGGACGAGUAUAAAGAUCGGUGUUGUAGA